AUUGCUUUUAAAGCCAUUAUUUUGUUAGCAUUUUUUAUUGAAGUUUCUUAAACAAAAGGCCAAUGUUUGCAAGAAACAUUUCACUGUCAAAAUUUCGUUGGGUAUGUGAGGAUGAUAAGCAGCUAUCUCUACAACACGAUCCGGUAAUAUAGCCGACAACUUAUGUUUGUUAUUGAAUUUUUCCUCCAAGUAAUUCGUGAGGAUUAGCGAGAAGCAAGCGCAAAUUAAGCCUCAGAAACGUUAAUGUGUAUCUUUGUGAUUAGUGUGUGUAUGUUUGGGUGAGUGAGCUUAGUGGCAGGCGAGGCUGCUGCGUUGGUGUAAUGUGGUUGGCGACAUAAGGCUGUAAGCAGGCCAGCCAUUGUGAGAUAGCCUCUCUCAUCCCUCCUCUGCUGCUGUAAUUAUGCUGCCAUCUCUGUCUCUACAUGAACUUCAAGGAGUAGAAGAUUAUACUUUUUGAAGAUUUUUGAUGAGUAAAGCAGUCCCCCAAACUCUUUGUGUGAGUUACAGAAAAAAUCCACAGCAUGGCAGCAGCUGGACCAAGUAGCAACAGCAGCCACAGUGAGAGCAGCAAUAAUGCAUCAGGAGGUGCUGAGGGAGGCGAGGAUGAGGUCCCAGAUAAUUCCAACUUUGAAUGUAAUAUCUGCCUCGAUACAGCCAAGGAUGCUGUUAUCUCAAUGUGUGGACACCUUUUCUGCUGGCCUUGCUUGCACCAAUGGUUGGAGACACGACCGAACAACCAAACCUGUCCUGUUUGCAAGGCAGCCAUCUCCAGAGACAAGGUGAUUCCACUCUAUGGUCGAGGUUCUGGAAACCAGCAGGAUCCCAGAGACAAGCUGCCACCCCGACCUCCAGGUCAGCGAACUGAACCUGAGCCCCAGAACAGUUUCAUGCCAGGGUUUGGUUUUGGAGAUGGUGGUGGUUUCCAGUUCCAUUUUGGCAUUGGUGCCUUCCCAUUUGGAAUAUUCACUACCUUUAACAAUUGGGGUGGUGGAGCUGCUGUGCCUCCAGCUCCUGGGACACAACAGUACCAAGAGGAGAGGUUCCUGUCCCAAGUGUUAAUGGCAAUGGCUCUUCUGUUUCUAUUCUGGCUCAUCCUUGUGUGAGGUGAAAUUAGGAAUGAGUGAGUGCUGGUGCAGAUGCUAAAUCUGAGAAACAGAUGAUGAAACUCUUCAAAUAUCAUCUUGGCAAGAUCCUGCAAUGAUGCAGAAGAUGGUUGCACUGGAAAUGAUUGUCCCUUUGCAGCAGCUCGAUGUUUUCGCUAUAGACCAUUGUCCUGCUGGAAACUUGCCAUAUGGCCACCCUGACAGCAGUAAUCUGCAAUGUGAAAAUAGUAGUUCUUGAAAGAAGUACUUGAGAGAGAGAGAGAGAGAGAGAGAGAGAGAGAGAGAGAGAGAGUUGAAAUAAGCGGUUGUGUUGUUUACAUGGCUUACUUUCCGCCAUCAUACUGAGGACACAAUUUGUUCAUUAUAUCAUUUAGAAGAGAAAACCUAGCCUGCUUCAUACUUAAUUACCUUCAGUUAAAAGAAGAAAGAAAUGAAACUGCAGACCUACAAAGACCAAUAAAUGAAAGCAAAAUCAAGUGAUUGGGGAGAUUUUAUAUGUUUUUCGUUUAUCAUCUGCACUUCUUUUUAACUCAGUCUCUCUCUCUCUCUCUCUCUCUCUCUCUCUCUCUCUCUCUCUCUCUCUCUGAAUUAUAAUGAGAUAUAGCAUGCAGGAGCAGAUAAAUACGGACGUUUUUUUUGGCUAAUUUAUUAUGUCGUAUGUGCAUUCAUCCACGCGACCACGUCAGAACUAUGGAUUCGUGAAAGAAAGAAAACUCUGAUUAUGGUCCGAAAAAGAUUAGUUAGUAUCUGACCAGUCCGUUAUUGAGUGAAAUAUGUUGUGGUGAAGUCUGUUGUCGCAAAGUACCACUGUAUUAUCAAUUUUACGAUUUAAUUUUUCUUUUUGAUUACACUAAAAUCUCAUUGCCUAUUUAAUUUGUUUUGCUUUCUUGCUGUCGCCAGACACCAUUUUUUCAUAGGUUUUGACCCAAAAGCCCUUGCUGCUGCUCUAUUACCAUGUUCCUUGGCAUAAUUUACCACUUGUAAUUUGUAGGAGAUUGUGUAGCUCAAUCCUUUUCCACCUGCUGCCAUAACAGUGAUGAUGUGUUUUGUUAAGAUUAUGAAGCAGGUGUUACUCCUCAUCACUAGAUGGCAUUGAAUCAGUGUGACGAUCAGCUGAUAUUUAUAAACAAGCAUCAUGGUUUCACAGGUUAGAUUACUUUCAUUUUUCCAAUAAUUUGUUUAUAAAGUGAUAAUGCUGGUAACGAUGCUAAUACCAGCAAUAAUAUAUUGAUCCAUUUAGUUAGGGUAGGUUAAAAGUACUGGAAAAAGGUACAACCUAUAUUUAAUAUGGUACCUCAUUGUGAACGAUUAGGAGCUAAGGCAGGUGGAUACAUUCGGGUAACCUGUGAAGAAC